CAUGGCCUCAGCCCCCCUGCCCGGGGGAUGAAUAAUGCAGCGCGCUGGUAGGAGCCGUGUCCUCCCUCCCUCUCCUUCCUCCUCCUCCUCCUCCUCCUCGCGGCUCUGCCUUCUCCACCUCCCGCCGCUCAGUCCUCACCGUGCUCAGCCCGGGCGCUGCCGAACUCCGUGUGGCACCGGGCAGCAGCGCAGACCCUGCAGCCAUGGACCCCAAGGACCGCAAAAAGAUCCAAUUCUCGGUGCCGGCACCCCCCAGCCAGCUGGACCCCCGCGCCGUGGAGAUGAUCCGCCGGCGGAGGCCCACGCCUGCCAUGCUGUUCCAGCUCUCCGAGCACUCAUCCCCAGAUGUAGAGGACGAGUCCCUGCCCUACCAGCGAGCCUCCGGCGAGGGCUGCCUGCUGAAACCAAAGAGGACCAACCCGUGUGCCUACACACCACCCUCGCUCAAAGCGGUGCAGCGCAUCGUGCAGUCCCACCUGGAGAGCGGCCUGGCUGGAGGGGACAGCUCUGAUGGAGAGCCCGAUGAUGGGGACCCUGAGCUGAUCCGCACCUGCGACCCAGACAGCGCCCUUGAGCCUGAAGCCCUGGGGAGCCAGGCCAGAGCCGAGCGGAGCGUCUUCCCUGCCACCAAGGCACACAAGAGGAAAGGGGGGCAGAAGGUGUCCUUUGCGGGAGGCAUCGCUGAGCGCAGUGAGGACCUGAAGGCGCUGACGGUGUCCGACAUCCCCGAAGACCCCGAGGACCCCGAGGGGGGCGAAGGCGACGAGGAGGAGCCGGAGGACGGCAGCGAGCACAGCGAGGAGCGGCGGCACGUGGGCCUGACAGGCACGGAGCGCCGCCGUUCCCCAGUCCCGCUGGGCAACAGCUAGCCGGACCGCGGCCCGGCCGGGACCCCCACGGCCUGCCCCGCAUCACCGCAGCUUCGCUCGCAGCCCCCGGCCCCGCUCGGAGCCUGCGCUUCGCGCGUGCCCCCGCAUGGCUCCCGGCCCGGUUGGCGGGACCGCGGCCCCACACCGCUUCCACACCGUGGGGGCCGGCGGUGAGGCUGGGGUCCCAAGGCCGGGGCCCGCCCCGCGCCCCCUGCAUGCAGCAACGCCCGAGCUGCGCCCCAAUAAACGGCUGUACAGA